AUGAUAUUCGCUUUCCUUACCCUAGGGGAAUUGGUUUUUAAUGAUGGCCCGAGCCCCAUCGUACUGACCGUGGAGUUCAUCGACUUGAGGGACGGUGGAGCACUCCACAUUGGCAGUGAGGGGUGUUAUUACGAGGGCGAGGCCACUAUCGUCUUCAGAGGGAAGUCCUUCGAUAAAGACUACGACAUCGAGUGCGGAAAGAAAGGCCUGUGCGUACAGGAUGGCGGGAUCCUAGAGAUACACGGCAAGGAAAAGCUUUCGUGGACUUUUCUCAACAAGCACCUGUGGGCAGGGGAAGAUGUCAACGUGCUGACGUUGGAGGAUAACGUCUCGUCUUGGGAGGAAGGGGACAAAGUCGUGAUCAGUAGCACAAGUCGGGACAUGCACGACGCGGAAGAGUUUACCGUGCUGAGCUGUGAAGACUGCAUGUACAACCAGCUCAAAAUCGGAGGAUUAGUGAAGAAUGAUCACUACGGAGGAUUUUACAAAGGUGUGGACAUGCGCGCUGAGAUCGGGAUUCUCACACGCAACGUGAAAUUGCGAGGAGAGAUGGAAUCUCAAUGUUACGGCAGAAACUGGUGUAACUACUUCAGCCAUGAUACAUUUGGAGGCCAUCUCAUGAUCCUUAUGGGAAGCAAAAGCGCCCGCCUGGAAGGUAUAGAAGUGGUAAACAUGGGUCAACAGGCGUUCUUGGCUCGUUACCCAAUUCAUUUCCAUGUGUUAGGAGACGUGGGUGACCCGGAUCUCUACAACCACAGGGUUUACGCCAAGAGUCUCUCAAUACACCACUGCUUCAGCCGAUGUGUCACAGUACACGGGACAAACAGCUUAGAGGUAAAGGACGUCGUUGGAUACGAUACUCUCGGUCAUUGUUUCUUUUUGGAAGACGGGAAUGAGCAAAACAAUACAUUCACCCACAACUUGGGUCUGGUCACUCGACCCGGGACGCUUCUACCCACGGAUAGGGACGCCAACAUGUGCCGAGGGAUAUUGGGAGCUGUGUGGCCUGGGUAUAUGCCUGACCCUGAGGAGUGCACGGCCGUAUCGACAUUCUGGAUUUCUCACCCGAACAACAACUUCAUCGAGAAUGCUGCAGGAGGAAGUGAAGAGGCCGGGUUUUGGUUCAUCUUCCAUGAGCGUCCCACAGGGUACGGGCCGGGCAGUCUGAUCCCAUUCGCGGCUCUUAGGAGUCCCAUGGGUACCUUUUACAAGAACCGAGCGCACUCUAGUAACUAUGGACUGUACAUUGACGACGGAGUCAAGAUCACCGAGAGUUCUGAGUUAGAACCUCAGGAAUAUUUAGCAAGGCAACCUGCUGAGUACUCUCCUCACAAAGAUAGAGAUACGUCCAAGCCACGCGUCCCUGCCAGGAUUGAGAAGUUCACAACGUUCAAGAAUAACCAAGGUAUUCAGGCCCGUGGGGGCGAUCUGCUGGUCACAGAUUCCUGCUCUCCAUCGUUCCCGUACGACACCGGAUCUCACCAGAGGGUGGAGAAAUCGACGAUCGUUGGUCACAGUAAUAAUGACGUCAGCGGGGACAAGGAUGCGGAUGGUGUGCAGUUCUUCCAGGGCCCAAUUACCAUCACAAAUUGCAGCUUUUACGAUUUUUAUACAUCUGACGCCGCCAUUACCUUCAUGGAAGGCGUGGACGCCGAGGGACACAUGAGUGUUCUCAGUUCCGUUUCCAAUCUUAGGUUUGGUCACGAGACUAGACGCUUUUCUAUUGGCCGAGAGCCGACCAAUGACGGUGAGAGGACACGGAUUCUGCUGGAUGAGGACGGGUCCUUAUCCGGAUACUCCGAAGCCUACAUCAUGAACAAAAACAACUGGAUCAGCAGACAUGCCGGAUGUAUCCAGAGCAAGGAUUGUGGCUGUGCUGUUUGUAGUGGAAAUUAUGGCUCGCUAUUCGUGCGAGCCGACGUGGGGAAAUAUCAGCAGAUGAAGGUCUGGAGGAAUGAAGUGCCCGGGAGCCCAUUAGAGCUGGAUGGCAUCCCCGUAGGUAAAGAAGCGGACAUGAGAACGGAGUUCCACCCUAACGUUAUCCGGAACAAGGGCUAUAUGAUGAGCUGGGGAUGGAGCCUCCCCCACGACAUCACCUUCUACCCGGUCGUCUUUGAUGAGGAUGAUUUCUUAACGGUCGGGAUAUGCAUCAAAGCAUUGCACGAUUUUAACGUUUUCUGGGAGCUGGAGAACGACAAAGGGGAGAUAAUCGAGACUCUGCGAUACUUUGAAGGAGCAUCGAUGCAAGAGAUAUACGACCAAGAUGACCAGUAUUAUCACGACGCUGAGACUGGGAUUUUAUUUUUUAACGUAAAAGCAAAGUACCCGAGGCACGAGCAUUACGCCUACUGCUCCCACCGUGGAUGUGAAAGAAUGCACUUCAUGUACCACGGUCCCACCCCCACCCAGGACUGCAUAUGGAAGGCUUACCCCAAGUACGAGGUCAAGGAAGUGGUCGGUGAGACCGUCCCAGGCUUGCUUAUGCCAUUUGAUAGCGCUGACCACGCCCAUACCCAAAGCCGCGCCCAAAACCAUCAAUCAAACAGGAGGAAGGCGGGGUCCAAGUCACCAUAUGUGUUUCCUGGUUGA